AUGCUGUCUACUCUCGCGGCAAGGCACCCCGACCACGCCGUGUGGAGCACGAAACCGCAUGAUGAAUCCUUGAUCACGCUACAAUCCACUUCGGAAGAGCCCAACGAGCAGCGGGUGCAGGAUCUCUCGUCUGGUAGGGCAUCACCAGGCUUAGAAUUCGCUGGCAAGUUUUCAGAUCCUACCUCCGGUCUGUCUUUCCUGCAUCGUGCGUGGCGACGCAUUUCAAAUGAUGAGAACAGUCAGGUCAUCGUAGGCCGUAUCGGGGCACCCGUCGAGGACGAUCAACUCUUGGCCUGUGCCGGCGACAACCCGCUUCGAAAGACUGGCCAUAAGCUGAUUUUGCCAUCCCUUAGCAGAGGCAAGAGAUUAGUCGAGCUUUACUUUGACGUGUGCAUUGCUACCUACAAAAUCUUCCACAGACCGUCUGUAGAAGAGUGGUGCGCUGCGGUAUUGGGCAACGAGCAAUCGGACAGACAACUCAUCGGAGUCGGCAACGCCAGGGCUGCGGUUGUAUUUGCAGUUCUCGCUAUUGCUUCAUUCCACGAAGAAAAGGCCAAUGGCGACGACAACCCCUCGAUUGAAACGGGUGGUAGUGCGCCACAAGCUGAUGAGCUGUUCCACGAAGCCGUACGCCUCAGCGAUGACGAGAGAGGUCUUCCCCGACUAGAAUCAGCACAGUCGCGGCUCAUCCAGGUACUUUACCUGCUCAUAUCAAGUCGGUUCAACCAAGCCUGGUAUACUUUUGGUCAUGCCCUGCAAAUCAUCUCCGCCUUGGGUCUGCAUCGCAGAAACGCGCGCGGAUGCACUCCCUUAGAGAGCCAUGACUAUAUCCAAGAGCAGUGUAAGCGACGGACAUUUUGGGUGGCGCACACCUUGGACAAAUACCUGGGCGUCGUCUUUGGGGGACCGAGACACUAUCAUGAUGAUGACAUAGACCAGUACUUCCCGGACUCUGUCAAUGACGAAAACAUGCUCCGCUCUGGUGCUCUGACCAAUAGCGCAGUCGAUCACGAUUGCCAUAUUGACUCGUUGAUCUGGCACGCUAAGCUAGCACAAAUUGCAGAGAGGAUAUCACGGGAAGUUUAUUCGAUCAAAACUGUGCCGGAUAGUGUUCGUCUGGAUGCCUCACAUCGACUUGGAAAAGAAUUACACCAAUUGAAAGCGUCAUUGCCACCACUUCUUGGAUCCGUAAAUCCAAUCAGCUUGAUUCCUAGCUUUCGACGGCAGGCCAUAGCCCUUAGACUUUCCUAUUGUCAUGCUGUAAUGCUUGCUCAUCGCCCGUUCUUGCUAAAGAACACGUUUCGCAACAGCGAUGAUAUGCGCACGCUUGCGACCGAAAGCCUCGCAGAAUGUAUUUCUGCAGCCCAAUCCGUUUUGGAGAUGGUCGAUCGUAUGGCUCGAGAGGGCUGCAUGUUUCACGCUUUCUGGUGGACUCACUAUGUGUGUUUCUGUGCUCUAGCCAUCGUCUAUGUGUGGGUCAUCCAAGACAGCAGCGAUGUUCCAACAAUCACUGAACUAUACAAGCUCAUAGAUGAAGCCGAGCACUGCUUGAGUCAUUUGGCCCGAGCGACAGCUACAAACCCUCCGUCACGCAAAUACAGCAUCAUUUUGCAGGAGCUGAGAGCAGAAGCUGAGAGCAGAAGCAAAGAGAAAAACAGCUCGACAUUUACAAGGGCAAAACCCAGCCUCAAGAGCACCAAGAGUCGAUCAUUCGACGGCUUCCGGCGCAGCCAAUGA